AUGUUCAAAUUUGUUGCUUUCCUAGCCUGUGUGGCUUAUGUGGCUGCUGCUGCUGCUGGCGGUGAUGAUGUUCACGCUGAAGUCAAGGAUUUCAAAUCUGAUGUCCGUCCCGAUGGUUUCGAUUAUCUCUUGGAUACCUCCAAUACCAUUCAUCAACAAGCCUCCGGUGAUGAUCAUGGCAAUAUUCAUGGCAGCUAUGAAUAUGACUCUCCCGAAGGUGAACACAUCAAGGUGAGCUAUGUGGCCGAUGAAAAUGGUUAUCAACCCGAUAGUGCCUUGUUGCCCACUCCCCCACCAGUGCCAGAAGCCAUUCUUAAGGCCAUUGAAUACAUUAAGGCUCAUCCACCAAAGGAAGAACAUUAG